AUGAGGAGCUGUGCGGCCUCCCUGGGCCCCGUGAUGCACCGAUGGCGGCCGCCCAGCACCCAGGCGCAGGCUGUGCAGAGAAAACACAGGCCCUGCGACGACGCGGGGCCUGGGCACGUGUCCCUCUCUGUCCCGCCCCAGCUUCACCCCAGCUCCGGCCAGCGCUCAAGCUCCCCGGGCCCAGGGACCAGGCCCACGCCCGGCCGCUCACGCACCCAGCACGGCCAGGAGCAGCAGGCCACAGGGGCCCGGGGCCGUGGCUUCAGCCCACGCAGGGCGGAGGAGGAGCGGCCACCUGAGCCUCGGGCCCGCUGGGUGUGGGCCGCGGCAGGGACAGCCGCACCCCUGCUGUCGGGGCAGGAAGGCCAGCACCUGGCGGUCGGCAGCCCAGCCUCCAAACCCCAGUUAGAUGUUGACCUGGUGACCGACAAGGACGACAUCAGCCCACCCUCUGUGGCAGGGCCCCUUCCUCCCGCAGGACGGCCGCACACCUGGGCCGGUGUAGCUGGCGGGGGUGGGAGCUACGCGGAGGGACUUCUGGGCCUUCACCGGUCCCGGCUCCAUGUGCCUCCGGCACUGGGGAUCCCCCCACCGCACGGCUCCCUGCGGAGCACCACGCCCCGGCUCCAGGCCUGCUGUGCAGAAAGGAGCCCCAACGCCAGCCUGCGACGGGAGGCGGCGCUGAAGCUCGUGGCGUUUGGGUUCCGCCGGUUCUUCAAGGACAGGUGGAACCAGCUGGACCUGGCCAUCGUCCUGUUGUCCAUCGUGGGCAUCGCGCUGGAGGAGAUCGAGACCAGCGCCGCGCUGCCCGUCAACCCCACCAUCAUCCGCAUCAUGCGCGUGCUGCGCAUCGCCCGCGUGCUGAAGCUGCUCAAGAUGGCCACGGGCAUGCGCGCCCUGCUGGACACCGUGGUGCAAGCCCUGCCCCAGGUAGGGAACCUUGGCCUUCUUUUCAUGCUCCUGUUUUUUAUCUAUGCUGCCCUGGGAGUGGAGCUAUUCGGGAGGCUCGAGUGCAGCGAGGACAACCCGUGCGAGGGCCUGAGCAGGCACGCCACCUUCUCCAACUUCGGCAUGGCCUUCCUCACGCUGUUCCGCGUGUCCACCGGGGACAACUGGAACGGGAUCAUGAAGGACACGCUGCGCGAGUGCACCCACGAGGACAGGCACUGCCUCAGCUACCUGCCGGCCCUGUCGCCCGUCUACUUCGUGACCUUCGUGCUGGUGGCCCAGUUCGUGCUGGUCAACGUGGUGGUGGCCGUGCUGAUGAAGCACCUGGAGGAGAGCAACAAGGAGGCGCGAGAGGACGCGGAGAUGGACGCCGAGAUCGAGCUGGAGAUGGCGCAGGAGCCCCCGGCCGGGCCCGACGCGGACGCGCCUCCCUCGCCCCGCGAGAGCCCGGACGCCCCGAGCCUCCUGGCCGUGCGCAAGGUGUCCGUGUCCAGGAUGCUCUCGCUGCCCAACGACAGCUACAUGUUCCGGCCCGUGGCGCCCGCCUCGGCCCGCCACCCUCACCCGCUGCAGGAGGUGGAGACGGAGACCCGGGUGGGCGGCACCCUCGCGGGCUCGGCCACCCCUGCUCACUCGCCGCCCCCGGAGCCCUGCGCCUCUCUCCAGGUCCCGUUGGCAGCGUCCUCCCCGGCCAGGGGAAGCGACACUCUCCGCGCCCCGUCCCCUCGGGGCAACGCCCGCUCCCCCAGCCUCAGCCGGCCGCUUUGCAGACAGGAGGCCAUGCACACCGAGUCCCUGGAGGGGCGCAGUGACAGCCCUGGGGACAGUGCCCUGGACUCCAAGGAGCCUGAGAAGACCCCGGUGAGGCAGGUGUCCCUGGGGGGCUCCUCACGGCCCCCCAGCGUCCGCACCCGGAAGCACACAUUUGGACAGCACUGCGUCUCCAGCCAGCCGCCGGCACCAGGCAGAGAUGAGGCGGAGGCCGCGGAGGCCACGGACCCAGCGGAUGAGGAAGUCAGCCACAUCACCGGCGCCGCCCACGCCUGGUCGCCCCCGGCCGAGCCCCAUGGCCCCGGGGUGUCGGGUGGCGAGCGGACCCCGUGUAGGCGCUGCAGCGUGGACGCCCAGGGCUUCCUGGACAGGCCGGGCCGCGCAGAAGAGCAGCGGUGGUCCGCGGCGGAGCCAGGUGGAGCAGAGGACGGCCUGGAGUCCGGGGAGGCAAAGGCCCGGGGCCUGGAGGCCGAGCCGGCCCUGGGCACACGGAGGAAGAAGAAGAUGAGCCCCCCCUGCAUCUCUGUAGACCCCCCCGCGGAGGACGAGGGCUCCACCCGGCCCCCCGCGGCAGAGGGCACCACCACCCUGAGGCGCAGGACCCCGUCCUGCGAGGCUGCGCCCCACAGGGACGCCCUGGAGCCCACGGAGGGCCCGGGUGCUGGAGGGGACCCUGCCGCCAGGGGGGAGCGGUGGGGCCCGGCCCCCUGCUGGGCGGAGCAUCUGACUGUCCCCAGCUUUGCCUUCAAGCCGCUGGACCUGGGGGGCCCCGGGGGAGACCCUUUCUUGCACAGUGGCCACGGCCUGACCCCAGAGCCCAGAGCUUCCUCGGGGGCCGCGGCACCUCUGGAACCCCAAGAAACAGAGCCUCCUGUGCCCUCUGGUGACCCCCCAGAGAAGAUGCGGGGGCUGUACCUCACUGUCCCCCAGCCCCCCAUGAAGAAGCUGGGGUCUCCCCCCGCCACCCCUACCCCGGGCGAGGGUGCGGAUGAGCCUGUGUAG